GUCUGUGACAGAGUAUUCUCCUCUUUUAUUCUCCUCCACCCAGUUUGAUCGGUGAUUCGUUUCCCUCUGCAAGUGAAACUCUUUCUCCUGUCUCCUUUACGCCCUCUUUUCUUCUUCGCACGUUCACCGAAGGAGUCUAAUAGCCGACACACCGCGCCGCUCUGAUAAUCCAGGUGAUCAUUUUUCUUUUUUCGAGAAAAAGUGCAUUAAUUUCAACCGAUUUGGCUGCGAUUUUACGAUGAUGUAGUUCACUGUAUGUUCAUGUCUGGCAUGUGUUCGAUAGAAUUCCUCAAAAACUAGGUUGUGGGUAUGUUGGCUGGUGGGGAGUACGGAAUAGUUCUGUUACAGUAUAUUAUACUCAGUGGACAGUAAGUUCUUCUCUCUUCACUCAUUUUAGCUAUUUCAAUCUUGGGCCGCUGUUUUCACUUCUUCGGAGGACGGAUUACAUCCCUUCAUGGCAGAAAAUGAUGCUUCAAACGAACAGAAUUCGCUUAUGAAGCCCAAAAGCGUGCAGUUCUGGCUGCUGCUAUCUCUGAAUGUGGUGUUCCUUCUUGUUGGUCAAGCUGCUGCUAUCAUUCUUGGUAGAAUAUACUAUGACAAAGGGGGUAAUAGUACCUGGUUGGCCACCAUUAUUCAGACAGCUGGUUUUCCUAUUCUCUUAAUCCCUUAUUUUCUCAUUCCUUCUCCCAAAGAACACUCAUCUGAUUCAUCAAAUCGCCCUCCACCUCCACCUUCCCCUUUCAAAGUUGUUAUAAUCUACCUUUUGCUGGGUAUCCUCAUUGCUGGGGACAACAUGCUAUAUUCCAUUUCACUUUUGUACCUCUCUGCCUCGACUUAUUCCCUCAUUUGUGCAACACAACUAGUCUUCAAUGCCAUUUUUUCUUUCUUCAUCAAUGGCCAAAAGUUCACAGCGCUCAUCAUAAACUCCGUGACUGUCCUUUCAUUAGCUGCUUCUCUUCUUUCCAUUGAUGAGGACUCAGACAAACCUGCUGGCGUCACCAGGGGGAAAUAUUUGUUUGGAAUCAUAGCUGCCAUUGUAGCCUCUGCAUUGUACUCCCUCACACUCUCCUUGAUGCAGCUCUCAUUUCAGAGAGUGAUAAAGAAAGAAACAUUCUCCGUGGUUCUUGAGAUGCAAAUAUACACAUCACUCGUGGCCACACUUUUCUCGGUCAUCGGUCUGUUUGUGAGUGGACAGUGGAGGACUUUGUCCAGAGAAAUGCACAGUUUCACUUCAGGAAGAGCCGCGUAUGUUCAGGUUUUGGUGUGGACAGGUGUGGGGUGGCAGGUGUGUGCGGUGGGAGUUGUGGGUCUGAUUUUUGUGGUCUCCUCACUCUUCUCCAACGUUAUCAGCACUCUCUCUUUGGCAGUUACUCCAAUUGCUUCGGUCGUCAUCUUGCACGACAAGAUGAAGGGCAUCAAGAUCAUUGCUUUGUUGUUGUCAAUAUUGGGAUUCUCAGAUUACCUGUAUCAGAAUCACCUGGAUGAUCUCAAAGCAAGGAAAUCAGCACAUAUUGGCUGUUCAGGUAAUAAUAAUCAUCCUAAUGAUUCUUGCUGUUAAUAAUCUCUGGAGAUAAUUUAAAAUAAGGGGUCUUCAAGGACAAUGCCAUAAACAAGAAGCUAGCAAGUGUGUCUAAGAUCAUUCAUACUUAGAUUUGGGAUUUAUUGAAGUAGAAUGAGGAUAGUGAAAUUAUUCUCAUCAAUUUUAUUCUUUUGUUUGACUCUAGAAGUGUAUUUACAAUCCAAUUUUUGAAGAAUAAUUUAGCUUAUGAGGU